GGUUGUGUUGAGGUCAUGUUUAUGUUUUUAGUGUAGGUUGUUGUGUGGGAUUUUUACUCAACUGAAUAAUGUUUUCCUCAUUACUACAAAUGUUGGGAAAUUGAGGCAUGAUUGUUGUGAUAUCAGCAUUGAUGACUUCAUACGUGUGACAGAUAAAAAAAUUAAUUAAGUAUAAUGUGAGUUUCAAACUUAAUUUUGUAAUAAAAUAUACAUUCUUUACCUAAAAAUGAGCAAAACCCAAAAGAAAUCUGAUGCAAAAUCUUCUAGAAGAUCUCCAAGGCUCAAUCAGGUCGGCAGUACUGUACCAGCCCCUGUAGGAAAGCUAAACUCAAAACUCCAAGAUAUAAAAGAAAACUACAGAAACCAGAAGAAGAAUGAAACUUUUGGUGUCGAAGAUGUCUACGAAAAGGCACAGAGUGCUAGAGACAUGCGGCGGGGGAUGACAGGGCUGGUGUAUGACACUCGGAUGGUCAAUCAUCACUGUCUCUGGGACUCUGCUCAUCAGGAGUGUCCAGACAGAUUCAGCAAGACUUUAGACAGGUGUGUAGAGCUGGGACUGGUGGAGAGAUGUCAGAUAGUGCAGGGGCGGGAGGCCACGGAGACUGAGCUGUUGACAGUUCACUCCCAGCAACAUAUUGAUAGGUUGAAGCAGACCGAUGGUUGUCAGGACCUGCAGCAAAUGGAGCAGCUUGCCUCUGGGUUUGAUGCUGUCUACAUUCAUCCGGAGACGUACAAGUUGGCCUUGUUAUCUGCCGGCUGUACAAUACAACUGGUGCAUGAGGUGUGUUGUGGCAAUGUCCACAACGGGAUGGCUAUUGUGAGGCCCCCCGGACACCACGCAAUGCACAGCGACUUCUGCGGCUACUGCUUUUUCAACAACGUGGCAGUGGCAGCGAGACACGCCUUGGACCACCUCGGUAUGCGCAGGAUACUCAUAGUGGACUGGGACGUUCAUCACGGACAGGCCACCCAGCAGAUGUUCUACAAUGACCCGAGAGUGGUCUACUUCUCCAUACAUCGUUAUGAGCACGGUGAGUUCUGGCCCAACUUGCGAGAGUCAGAGUUUGACUUUGUGGGAGAAGGCGCAGGUGGGGGAUUCAACUUCAACCUCCCUCUCAAUAAGACUGGUAUGGGAGACAACGACUACAUGGCCAUCUUCCAUCAGGUCCUGCUACCCAUGGCUGCCGAGUUUCAGCCAGAACUCAUAAUUGUGUCUGCUGGCUACGAUGCUGCCUUAGGAUGCCCUGAGGGGGAAAUGUCUGUUACUCCGGCUUGCUACGCUCACUUGGUGUCCUCACUGAUGGGUUUGGCAUCUGGAAAAGUUGCUGUCAUAUUAGAGGGAGGCUACUGUGUCAGAUCCCUAGCGGAAGGUGCCGCACUGACGUUGAGGGCUCUGCUGGGAGACCCGUGCCCCAACCUCCCCCCUCUCUCACCUCCCUCCAACAGUGUCCAAGACAGUAUCCUGAACUGUGUGUACAGUCACCGCGCCUACUGGAGAUGUUUUCAGUGGCAGGCGAGCUACUGUGCUAGAGACAGGGGUGAGAGUGAGACGCAACAUUGGCCGCAGGUGGUGUGGAAGUACACAGGUGUUCGUACUGAUGUGUACCCCACCCGCAACACGUGUCCGGUACAAUCCCAAGCUUUCAAGGAUGAGAUCAACAACAAGCUGGACCGACUACUUGCAGAAACCAAACUUCUUAAGACAAAACACAAUGUUUGUUUUGUUUAUGAUCCACUAAUGAUGGAACACAAGAACUUCAGAGAUCCGGGUCAUCCUGAGAGGCCAAGCCGUAUUCAGAAGAUUUAUGAAAAGCAUUUAGAAUAUAAACUCCUGGAUCGACUACACAUACUGCAAAGUCGACCAGCCACAAGAGAAGAGUUACUUCUGGUACAUGAGGUGACAUAUCUAGAUGAAACAAAGCAGCUGUGUGCCAUGGAUCAGCUGACUGAUGAUCUCAAACACAAACUGUCCGUGAUGGAGAGGAAAGACUCUGUUUACAUCCAUCCUCAGUCUUACGAGAGCGCAAGCCUCGCUACUGGCUCCUUGCUGCAGGUAGUGGACAGUGUGAUGCAAGGGGAGAGUCGGGCCGGAGUUGCUGUGAUACGACCACCUGGUCACCAUGCUGAGUCCUACGCAGCCUGUGGCUUCUGUUUGUUCAACAACGUCGCAGUAGCAGCCAAGUACGCACUGAAACAUUACGACAUCAGCCGAGUACUUAUCUUAGACUGGGACGUUCACCAUGGCAACGGCACUCAGCGGAUAUUCCUGUCAGACCCUCGUGUGCUCUACAUGUCCAUACACAGGUAUGAUCGUGGCACGUUCUUUCCAAGCUCUGAAGACGCUGCGGCCACUGUUGUAGGUGAUGGAGAUGGUGUCGGGUUCAACGUCAAUAUACCUUGGAACCAGAAGGGGAUGGGCAAUGCAGAAUACGUGAUGGCGUUCCAGCAAGUAGUGAUGCCGAUCGCCUACCAGUUUGCUCCUCAACUAGUCCUGGUCUCUGCUGGGUUUGAUGCUGCCAUCAAUGAUCCUUUGGGAGGAUGUAAAGUGGCCCCAGAGGCGUACGCUUUGUUCACCUCGUGGUUGUCCCCGCUGGCUCAGGGCCGAGUGAUCAUCUGUCUAGAGGGAGGCUACAACCUGACGUCCAUUGCCUACUCCAUGACUCUGUGUACUAAGGCUCUUCUAGGAGACCCUAGUCCCCCAGUCAGUCUGCCUCCAUGGAAACCCUCAGCUGCUGUAGACCUACGGACAGUCCUUGACGUCCAGAAGAACCACUGGUCGGCCGUCUUCAACAAAAGCUUCCCCAAGGAAGAUGUCCUCAAAGAGGGUGUUGAAAAAACUGCCUACAGUGUUGAUAAAUUCCCAGACAAUAUUGAUGAAAUUUGCGAAGGCAUAACAAAAGUUUCAAUCGAAGAUGAACAGAGAGAUGUAGAGGGAAAGGUAGGAGGAAAAGAAACUCCGAGUGGGGAAAAAUCGUCCGAUUCAACACAUCCUCCUGUAGAGGAUUGUAAACCUGGUUCUUCACAAGGUUCUGCAAAUGCGAGUGGUUUCACUCUUAAAAUCACCACCACAAUAGACAGUAUCUUGCAGGAGCUAGGUAUGGACGAGGGGUUUGCUAUACACCCCCGCCAUGACUGUCCUCAUGUAGAAGGUGCUGUAACAGCUGUUCCGGCCACAGGACUGAACACGUCAGCUCCCUGCGUGGAGUGCGGGGACGACCCUUGCGCCACUGUCGAGAACUGGAUAUGUUUAACUUGCUACACUGUCCACUGUGGUAGAGUUAUUAAGGAACACAUGAUGCUGCAUUCGCUAGAGUUGUCUCAUCCAAUAGUCCUGGGCUAUCAGGACCUCUCAGUCUGGUGCUACUCUUGCGACUCUUAUAUUGAGAGCCCGAUCCUGUACGAAGCCAAAAAUGCUGCGUACCAGAGCAAAUUUGGAGAAAACAUGCCUAACAUAUACACUAACCAACAGCAAUGACCAUUAGAGCCCGUCUUCUAUGUUUCUGAUCUAAAACUUAAUUUUAAAUCAUUCAUUCACUGUUGUACAUUUUGGAGACAUUUUAAAUUCUAUAGUUUUAAUUUGGAUGUGAAUGGAGGAUACACAAAUAAUAUCCUGAAGUUUGUGGGAGUUUUUAUGCAGAUUGCUGCAUAUCUCUAGUCCUUUAUUUGCAAACUGCCUUUGUAGAUCGAUACAUUUGAUAAUCAUCAUGAUUAAGGUUUAGCUAGUCCUAGAGAAUAUUGUUAAAACAAUGUAAGUACAAAAAUUAUAUAUAUAUUUAUAAUUGAAACAAUUUUGUAUUUAUAUUAAACUCUUAGGUAAAAAUAUUUUUAAGACAAUGUUUGUGAUUUUAUAUAAAGUAGUAGUAACCGUGUAGCAGGUUAAGCUUUAUAUUUUCUGUAAAAUGUGGUUUUAUUUGUGUCAUGUAUGAGAAAAUUGGCUACCAAGACCAAACAAGGUUCUCAUCUUAAUAGAGAGAAAAUAUUCGUUCUCUCAGUUACUUUUGGGUCAGUCAGAGGGGUUUAACCAGCGAACACAGAAUAAAAAUAGAUGGGCCACUCAAAACAAAAGCUGUCGUCACUUUUAUAGCGCCGCCGCCACCAAGAUGGCGUCCGCUGCGGAUGAAUCACUGUAGUGGUGCACGCUCACCUCGCCCAUUCCAGUCAGUUCAGUAUCGCACACCGUGCUCGUUGGCAUAGUACACACACCCUGUUUGUUAUAUGUUUUACGUUAUACUGUACAUCUUACGACUCAAAACAGGAGAGCACUGUUUUGAAAUGGAACCUGAACAUAGCCACAUACUUCUUUUAAUAAAAGCUUUUUGUAAAAGAUAUCUCACCGUAAGAUUGCACGGCCAUUCAAAGCUUUACAAUGAUUCUUUGCAUGUAACAAAAAUAAAAAAUCAACUUUGCAAAACUAUUAAGAUUAAGAUUGCAUUGAAGUUUAAAUUAAUACUUUUAACUACACCAUUAGCAUCCACAAUUAUUACAGUUAGAUUGUGUUGAGUUUCAAAUUUUUAUCUUGACUUUAAGUAUGUCAAACAGCGGUGUUAAUGAAAAGCGUGCACUACUAAAUUCACUGUUUCUGGGCGCUACAGCGCAUGGCCCUUCUAUUUUUAUUCUGUGUUCAAUGGGCUUAACUUAACCUAUAGAAGGGUAAUGUUACACUGCUCAGAUUUGUUUUGUAAAUGUUAAUGUGCGUUAAAAAUGAGUUAGUUAUCUUUGGAGUAACUAUUUUUAUAAACAUCGAUGUUAGGAAAAAUAAUUUUCGGUACACAGUGGUAAGCUUUUUUAACACUUAAUAUUUUAAAUAUGUUUAUCCAUAUAGGCACUGAUAUUUUAACCCUUUGAGGUCGAAUUUUUUCCACAUUUUCCGGUGAAUUUAGCUUGCCAUUUAAGCAGUCAGGAAAAUGGCGCCCAGCGACCUAUACUCGCCAUUCGACCAAAAGAUUAACUUUUUUGAUUUUUGAGUAAUUUUUUUUUUUUUUUUGGGUCCUUGUUGGUCGCAAUUUUUUAGCAUUGGGCAAAAUGGCGGGCGGCGACCUAUACUCGCCAUUCGACUGCAAAGGGUUUAACUGAGAAUGUUAAUUACUAGUUACCAUUACCCAUUAGUUCUUAAUAUCUUAAUUUUGUAACAGAUUAUUAUAUUGAAAUAACAUUAUAAGUCCUUGGAUUAGUACAGGGUGGAAAGAAAGUCCCGGGACAGUUAAAUAUUUCAUAAAAUAAUUAAGAUAGAGCUAUAAAACUUAGUACAAAGUUACUGAGCAUAAAAAUCAUUGAAAACAUUAUUCAGUGAUACCCUACCCCCUCAGGAAUACGGCCCGCUAGGAGUCAGAAGAGAAUCUUAAAUGUAAGCAUAGGUUGAUAUGCACAUCAAAACAUAGGUCUUUAACCACAAACCCGAACUCACACAGACAUCUGAGUCAAAAAUAAUAGCUGUUCAAAUAUUCAUUGAAUUUGCAAUGCUAUAAUAUGCUACUUCUUCAAGGGGGGCACCCGCUUGAGGUCGGAAGAAAAUCAUAAACGUAAGCAUAGUUUGAUAUGCACAUAAAAUUAAAGGUCUUUAUUAGUAGAAUAAAAUGCCACAAAUUUGAUCUCAUAAGAACAACUGAGUAGGAAAUGGCAGCCGUUCAAAGAUUAAAUAUGGCAUCUCUGAACAUGUUUGAGUUCAAAAUUGUUGGCAUUGUACUCUGCUAUUAAAGGAAUUUAACUUAAUGUACAUAUCAACCUAUGCUUACAUUUAAGAUUUAAAUAACUUCUUGAUUUAAGAUUUUUAUCUGACUCCCGCUGAGAGGGAAGUGUAUCACUAAAUAAUGUGAAAAUGAUUUUAAUGCCCAGUAACUUACCAAGUUUUGUAGCUCUAUCUUGAUUAUUUUUUUUAGUAUUUAACCCUUAGAGUGCCAGGUGAGAAAUAAAAGUAACGCUCAAAAAAUGCCGAUGAUUUUUCCCGAAGGUCGCGCUAAAAAUGCUGAGCGCGAUCUGGCGAUUUUUAGGUUAAAAUUUCGUAAAAAUCGAAUUUUCGAUAUUUCGACCAAACGAUA